AUGGACGGCAUCGAUAAGCCUUUCACGAUCGAGCUGAACGGCUCGCCUAUCGCGAACGUAGGCAACAAUGCAGAGGACCGUACACAGGCAAAAACAGGCUCCGAAGCAGCCGUGUUCACAUUGAAGAACGGCCUUCUGCAGCACGAGGGCUGGGUGCUGGGGAGGAAUAGAACAGAAAAUCGAAGCUUUUUGCCAAAAGAGGUGUACUGGUACAAGUCUGACGCAGACGAUGACAAGAGGGUGCAACCCGUCGCCGCUCAUCAGGAGGGUGAUAACAUCCAGCUGACAUUCGGUGGUUCUUCGUUGAUGCUGAAUGAUGACAAGGUCUUCGCCGAUCUUUCUGGAGAUCACACUACCGAGGUUGUGGUGAAGUUUCAGUCAUGA